AUGGAAAAGUCAUCAGCGUCAUCUCUUCGCUCUUCCAACUCCGUCCGAUCAAAUCGCACCGCCUCGUCUUCCGCAGGGUCACAAACUUCGGUGUCGACCAGUGCUUUCUCAAAGCCCAGCAUGCAGAUGCCUCGCUACGUUGACGACCAUUACCCGUUGAUCGCCACCAUCCAUCUGGAGAAUAUUCCUGCUUCCGUGCCAAAGGAUCACCCAGCCUUGUGGUGUGCCCGUCAAAUGGCCCAGAUCCACAACACCAUCAUCCGUGCCCUGAAUGCAUCGUGGAACCAGGCAGUUUUGGUCCAACCUGAUACACAGGAAGCCGCUGAUUUCCUUCUCUUCAACCAAAUGAUCUUCAACACCUUGGACCACCAUCAUCAUGUUGAGGACGACUAUAUGUUUCCGGCGUAUGAAAAGUUGCUGGGCCAACCCGGUGCAAUGGAAGUCAACACCAAGGGCCACGAGUCAUUUGCCGAGGCACUCACCAUCUUCCAGAAAUAUGUCUUCAUCACCAAGUCGGCCGAGUACAAUGGAGCCACCCUUCGACACAUCAUUGAAUCCUUUGCGCCCAAUCUUAUCCAGCAUCUGCACGAUGAGAUCCCUACUCUGGCAAACCUUCAUACUUUAGACGGCAAGGAGUUGAUGAAGAUCUGGAAGCACGCAGAGCAUAUUGCCACCAAGGACAACAGCUUGUACACUGACGCUCCCUGGACGUUAGGGUGCCAGGAUAAGUCCUUCACUAUUGACGGAGAGAAGUGUGGCUUCCCUAACGUACCUUGGGUCAUUGAGGCCGUCAUCAGGAAUUGGCAUGCAAAGAAGCAUGCAGGAGCUUGGAGAUUCUGCCCCAGUGAUCUGUCUGGAAGACGGCGUGUGCUGGCCGUUGCAUGA